AGGGCAUGAUUUUAUCUUUGCAGGUCAAAAUCAGAGCGGUUAAACAUAACCGAUUCAUUAUAUAAAAACGAACACUUCAAUGGAUAAUGCCUUGUGGGAUAAUCAAAUGGUUUCAUAUCCACCAGAGCAUUUGACAUCAGCACCGUCGUCCUAUUCCAGCAAUAGUAGAAAUACAUCACUAAAGGGUAGAUUUGAUCAAACAACACAGCCCACAAGCCUUGUGCCACAAGGAGGGUUUGCAUACAAGGCGAGCCAGUACCAGUCAUUGCCCGUAACCUCAACUCAGAUCAAGAACUACCAAUAUACGACGUUUUCUGCUCCUCUUUCGGGGCCAAAGCAAACGGGUUUAUUGGUUCCACCUAAGCAUAUAAGAAGGGCUGUGGCCGAUAUUUAUACAGUUGCGGUGCAGCCUACGGAAGACCCUCAGAAUCAGUCUUGGGAAGAACAAGUAGCAAAGAUUAGACAGACCAGUCCAAAGACGCAGAGACGAACUCAAAACCCUUCAUCAACUGCAAGAAACACUGCUUCAGCCAGACAAACACCAAAUUCUUCUUCAAGCGCCGUAGUGAGCUCUACAAAGUUUCCAAAAUAUCCCAAUUACACUACAACGGCUUCGCGACUGGACAGUUUUAAAGCUUGUCAAAACAUUGCUGCUUCUACACGGCUCUUAUCAGAAGCAGGGUUCUUUUUUGCGGGGACGGAGGACUGUACGCGUUGUUUUUAUUGUGGGAUAGGAUUGCGACAUUGGUCAGAGAACGACGAUCCUUGGACUGAACAUGCUCGGUUUUCGCUUGAUUGUAAUCACGUGGUUUCGGAGAAAGGGAGGGAAUUCGUGAACCUGGUUAAACUUGCACUGGAACUGACGAACGAGAAAGAAACAGGAGCAGUGAAAUCAGCUGACAAUUCUAAAUUAUCUACACCUAACGCUAGGCAAGAUUCAUCUGCUGAUGAUAUUAACAAAUUGAUGAAAACAGAAGCAGCUCAAAGUGUAUUGCAAAAUGAUUAUAGUGAAGAUUUGGUUAGAGAGGCGAUUGUGAAAGUCCUGAGAUCCAAAGGAGCAAACGCCAUCACUGGGAUGAAUCUGAUGCAGGAAAUACUGACAAUGGAAGACGAAAAAGACCUUAUUGAUGGGAAAUCUAUGGAUGAUGUUCCUUCUGCCAUGAAACAAAAUAUGGCGGCAGUACUUUCCCACGAAAACCAACACCUGCGGGACAAGGCUCUUUGUUCCUAUUGUAAGCGGCUUGAAGUUUCCCUCGUGUUUCUGCCAUGUGGUCACCUCGUGUCCUGUAACACAUGCGGGAACAGACAGAAGUCAUGCGUCACGUGUGGCUCAAACGUUAAGGGGACAAUUAGGACGUACAAAGCAUGAAAUGUUCAGCAUUAAUAUUCGAUGGAAUGUGUAGGCGAAGCCAAUAGGACUGAUAGUGCGCAUACGUAUUUGUAAGCUUCAACGACUUCAUUUUGUUGACAUAGUGCGCAUAAAAAGAGUUAUUAUAAUAACCCUGUAACAAUCGAAGAACAUUGAGUUUCUGAUGCUCCAUUUAUAGAUCAUGUUUGUGUUAUCAGCAUUGUGUAAUGGUUUAAUUUGUUUAAACUUAUACUUUGAUUUGAGUCUACGGACAGACUUUGCAUUUAAAAUUUGUACCGAAUUCAUGAGCUGUUCUUGUUAAAUAACAUAUGCGGGAACAAGCAGAAGUCAUGUUUAAUGUGUGGUCAGAAUAAUGAGUCAACUGGGACGUACACAACUUGCAAUGUUCAGCAUGUGAUGGUAUAUGGGUGGGAAGCAAAAACGACCAAUAUCAGUGCAUUGACGAAUUUGAAUGAUUGAACGAUUUCUUUAUUCGUCUGCAAGGUGCACAGAAAACAGAGAGAUCGUUUUUCUGACACAAUCUCACAACUUUUGAAGAUACAAUAUAUAUUUUUCCGUUAAAAGAAACAUGCUAUUUCGUGAUAUGAUUUUAAGCAAAAUAAAAUUGAAUUCAUGUGAAGAAUUGUUCAAAGACUAAAUUUGAAAUAAAGAAUUUAUCAUUCCUUUUUGUGAUAUUCUUUGUGCAUAAUGGUCGUUUAAAUUAUGCAUUUUGUUUACUCAUGUGUAAUGUUUCCAUGUUUUACAAAUUGUUUACAAAAAUAAAUUUAUGUCUGUAUCUAUCUAACAUUUUGAUCGACGUCAAAUUCUUGUAUCUUCUAGAAGAGAGUUUGUGUAAAAAUUAUUUUUGUAACAAAACAUUCUAACAAUAAACAUGUAUGUACAUUUUGAAUAAAAAUAAAGAGAAGCAUAUGCUAAUCGCAGUAAACUUUGUCAAAUGGUGAGUAAUAUGUCUGCACGGAAAUGACGUAUGCUAGACGGGCAUUCUCAGGACAGCAACUGAAAUUGCUGCCCUUAGGGAAAAUGGCUGGUUUGGUGGUUUUGCAUAAUGCAAGUAU